ACCCAUUUGCGGCACGAGCCGCAUGAUAUGUAUAUGUCUCAUGCGCCUGUUCCAUGAUCCAAAAAGCAUCUUGCCACUUUGUGAUCCUUUCUACUCUCUGUUUCCAUACAAUACUAUCCAACCCCAGGACAGCGUCUCAGCCCAACGCACCCCCACUCCAGCAGCCAAUCACGAUCCGCUACGUCGGUCGUCUCCAUCUUUCCCAUCCGGCGGGGCAUCAGAACCCGUGAGGGAGUGCCUGUAGCAGCCCAGCUUAGCGCUGCGCGGGUGCCCAAAAACAACGCGUCCUCUUAAAUAUUACAAUCCCCGGGAUUUUUGCGUCACUUCUCUCCGCCGUGGUUACCCUUGGAAGUUUCGUGUGAGAGAGAUCUGGCUACUUUCUAUAAACCAUGUCGGAACUAGUUGUUGCUGGCCCCGCGCCCCCGCCGCCCAUGACGUUUCGCGAGCGGUUGACCCAGUUUAGGAUUCUCGAGGAGAAGCGAUGUGAGCUUAUUGAGGAACUGCUGGACAAGCUGGAAAAGACAGAAGAACGCCUUGCGCAAACCGAACUUGAUCUCGGUUCUGAACAGAAUGUUAGACGAACACUGCAAGCGGAGAUUGCCGAGACGACGAGAACGAUGCAGGCGCAGAUAGACGAGUCAAAGGCGAAAGAGGAAGCUUUAGUACAGCAACAGGCGAAGCGACCGUUCGUGAUCGUCCUUAUAGAUGCCGAUGCGGAAGGCUUUCUGUUCCAAGACAAGUACAUCACUCGCAAAGCCCAAGGCGGCGAAUCUCUCGCCGACGAACUCAACCUCCGGAUCCGAGAAUACCUACGAGAACUCUUUGAAGAUGCAGACUCGCUCGACAUCAUUGUACGGGUAUACGCCAACCUCGAGGGCAUGGCAAACUACCUCGUACGGCUCGAAAAGGUGCGCAACUUGGGUCAGCUUCGUGCGUUCUCCACCGGCUUCUGUGGAAGGAUAACGAGCUUCGACUGGAUCGACACCGGGGUCGGUAAAGAAGGCGGAGCAGGAAGAAAAGUCAGAGAAAACCUCUCCUUCUUCGCCCUAAACACCCAUCUCCGCCACGCAAUCGUCGCCUGCUCCCCCGCCGACCUACCCGCCUCCCUCCUAACCACCAUCCCCCUAGAAAAACUCACACUGAUCGAAUCUCUCCCCCUCCCCCAAUCCCUCACUUCCCUGCCCAUCAAAACCGCAAAAUUCCACUCUCUGUUCCCGGCCCCCGCGCCCCCGAAAGCCGUAAAGCCAGUCGUGGAGCGCAGCCGCAGCGACCGUGGGAACAGUGAAGCAGACAUCAGACGCGGCGACCGCGAUCGGGACCGCGACCGCGAGAUCCGGCGACGAGACGACAGAGGCGGUGGUGGCCCGCAACUCCAACUCAUGGAGCAGGAGCACGACGGCGGAGGCUCAACGUGGCUCGUUAUUCAGCCUGAGCGAAGCAAGAGCCAGGUUAUUGACAGGAGAGGAGAUAGAAGGCGGGCGCCGAGUGAGGACGAUAGUAGCAGUUUGAGUAUUAGCAUUGGGCCGGACAAUACUGUUAGUGUUGAUAGUGGGAGGAGAAGGAGGAUCAUGGGGUAAGGCUAUAGUUUCGGGGGGAUGGAAUCGUAUAUGUUGGUAGCAUGGCGUGGCUUAGCAUAGCAUUUAGCGUUAUUUUCUCACCAUGGUUUUGGUAUGAUGUCCCUUGAUAUGUUUCGUCUUCAUGUUUGAAGCUGGAUGCGGAUACUCGGAACCUCAGUGUCUGUUUGCAGCCUUGUACGACCCUCUUUCUUGAUAUGGGACGAAAUGUAGUAUCGAAGACCAAUCAAGCUACUUGCUCCAAAAAUGCAAUAAGCAAUAGAUCCACUUUUAUAGUCAAAUUUGACCUCAUUCUUAUCCUACAUGCCAUACCCAUAUCAACUUAUACCUUACAUAAUCGUUGCAAACAAAAGAAAAGAAAAAGAACAGCAGAAUACAGCUUCAUUUGAAUCUAGG